CGUUACGUUACAACCAACGCAGUCGAGGUGGGCGAACAGCAGGGAUGCAACUUGGGUUCCAUCGACAUCUCCCAGCUCGGCUCGUCAAAUCAUUGCUUCUUGCGAUUGGACGGGGUAAACACGAGCCUCCGCGGGGAGAAGACUGGGGCCCCGCUCGCUGGCAUGGGCACAUGAUCCGGUAAUCUCCUCCCUCGACAGAGAAAGAGGUAAAGGGGAACGGAUUUGUCGAUCGUCGAACGGGGAGUCGACCAGUCGGACAAUUGUGACGGAUGCCGGGGCGUUUUCUCGUAUCAAUAGUUCCCGAGCUUCUUGAAUAGGCGACGACUCCAGAACGCAUGGAACCAUGCGGAAAGUAACGGUCGAUGAGCGCAGAUCAAAUAGACUUCGAAGGGAUUGGAACAUGAGGGAUGCCAGCAUGUAUUAAAGUAUGGAGUGUUUCGCAUUAUGCUUCGUCGAGAAUCCGACUCGUUGUUUGUGUAAGUCGAACGAGGAUCCGUGAAAGCGGCACACCCACUUUCACAGAGUAUAACAUGAUGCUGUGGACACCACUUCUUGCGCCUACCGUCACACUGGCCUUGGCUUCGUCGGUCAAUGGCCAGAGCCACGACAACUCGGGCGUUGGGAAGGGGUUCAUCAGCUACGAAGCCGGACGAACCAGCGGCCAAAUAGACCGUGAAUCCCAGACGCUGGCUUCCCUCAAGCCAAGUUCCGGCUUCGACUUCCUCCCCUCCGACUUCCUCUCGAACCUGACGAUCAACGGCGCGCACCACCUAGGCGAUGUCACAUUCCGCUUCAGGGUCGACGGCGCGAGAAACUGGACCAACGUCGAUUCCGCCAGCAACAGAAGUCCCGUCAAGGCUUUGGACGGCCUCGCCCCGGGUGUCAUCGCCGGCGCGGACUUGGCUCCGACUCUGCCCGGCGGCCUGCCGUUGACGGUCACUCGCGAGUGGCUGUCCGAGGGCGACGGCCUCGCCCUCCGCGUGAACCUGACGAACAACGCCAACACGACCGUCGAACUAGGGUCGCUGGGCCUCCCCGUCGUCAUCAACAACAUCUUCAGCACACGCUCGGCCGAGGAUAUCCAGGCGAAGUGCUCCCUCGCGGACCCGUACAUCGGCCUCGAUGCCGGAUACGUCCGCGUGUCCCCGGUAAAGGGCCUCGGUAACGCGCUCGUGAUCUCUCCUCUCGGCGCGAGCAGCCCAUUCGAGGCUUGGAGACUCCUCAGCGAACCUCAGGGAGAUUUCUUCUACAAGUCGCAGACGUACGAAGGCAACUACGAGUGGGUGAUUCACUCCCAGGCGUGGACCGAGAAGGAGUGGAAAGGCGUCAACCCCUGGAACCCCCCCACCUCGAAGACGCUGAAGCCGGGCGAGAGUUAUUCUGUCGGGCUCAGAUUCAGUAUCGCGGAGAGCAUUCAAACCAUCGAGGACGCCGUGGUCAAGUCCGGCAUUCCUCUCGCAGUGGGAAUACCCGGAUACGUUGUGCCUACCGAUCUCACCGCGCGACUCUAUCUGACGCAUUCGACUCCGGUCAAGUCCAUCGACGGCCACGGUUCCUUUACCGUCGUCCAAGACACCACCGCAAAGGGGACGCCCUACCUCCUGACCCCCACCACAGGCACCUGGGGAAGGGCCAAGAUCUCCGUCACCUACGAGGACGGCAAGACCCAGGUUGUCCACUACUUCGUCACCAAGCCAGCGCCGGAGACGGUGUCCGACUUGGGCCAUUUCCUGACCACCGCCGCUCACUACACGGACGAGACAGACCCCUUCGGACGAGCACCGUCCAUCAUGGGCUACGACCGGGAAGCCAACGCCAUCGUCGAGCAGGACGAACGGGUGUGGAUCGCGGGGCUCAGCGACGAGGGGGGCACCGGGGCUUACGUCGCCGCGGCCACGAAGCUCUUCAUCCAGCCCGUCGAGAGGGAAGUCGCGGUCCUGGACGAGUUCAUCCACGAGACCGUCCUCGGAUCCAUCCAGCCGCCCGGCUCCUUCGCGGUGCGAGCGAGCGUCUUCUACUACGAGCCCGGCGCGGUCAAUUACACGUACAACGCGGACCUGGACUGGACGUCUUGGACCUCGUGGAACAAGGAGAGGGCCUACACCACCGCCCGCGCCUACAACUACGUCCAUCCCGUGGUGGCGUACUGGUCCAUGUACCGCGUGGCGCGGGACUACCCCCAAGUCGAGACCCGGGCCGAGUGGCGCUGGUAUCUGAACCAGGCGUACAACACAGUCCAGCACUGCCUUGCCGACGGCGCCCCCGAGUGCGACUACGGCUUGACCGGCUUGAUGGGCGAGACGGUGUUCGCCGAGCUUCUUGAGGAUCUCAAGAGGGAGAACAUGACGCAAGAGGCGGCCGCGUUUGAGGCUUCGAUGCGCUUCCGCGCCGAGUUCUGGGAGACUCUCGCGGUGCCCUUCGGAAGUGAGAUGGCUUGGGACAGCACGGGGCAGGAGGGCGUCUACUACUGGACCAACUACUUCGGCCUCAACAACACGGCGACCAAGGCCAUCAACAGCAUCGCGGCGUACAUGCCGACCGUGGCGCACUGGGGCUGGAACGGCAACGCCCGGCGGUACUGGGACUUCAACUACGGCGCCAAGUACGCGGACACGGAGCGCCAGAUCCAUCACUACGGCUCCGGCCUCAACUCGCUCCCGAUGCUGCACCACUACGAGCGGAACCCGGCCGACAUCGACGCUCUCCGCGUCGCCUUCGCCGGCAACACCGCGCCCCUGACCAACGUCGACGCCGAGGGGUUCCCCUCGGCCGCCUUCCACUCGUUCCCGGAGAACCUCGACUGGGACCCGUACACGGGCGACUACGGCCUCGGGUUCCUGGCCCUCGGUCUCGGCCAGGCGGUGUACAUCGUCGACCACGAGCGGUACGGGGACGUCGUCUUUGGCGGCAACGUUGUCGUCGGCCCGGACGAUGCCACCACCGCUGCCGCCGCAGUCGUUGUCGAGCCGCGUGAUGCCGUCCGGCGUCGGGUGUUCGUCGCGGGCUUGGGUCUGAAAGUCUCGCUCAGCGCCGGAGCGAUCCAGACUGUCACGUAUGACCGUGCGGGACAGACGUUGAAGCUCGUUUUAAGCCCCGCCGCUUCAGAGGCGGCGUUGCGGGCCAACUCGGCCGUCGUCUGGCUUACCCAGACAACGUCAGCAGGGACCAAGUUCACAGUCCCAGGGGCUGCUUUGUCCAGGGGCGGGUACGUGGUAGACCUGUCAACCGGACAAGCAGAGGUUGUAAUCUCCAAGUUGCAGUAGCUCGAGCUGCCGCGAAACACAAUUCAUUUCGACGCCACAAAUGAGCUACGACGCGGAGAAGGGGGUUGAGGCCAGUGUCAAAGGGUUCAUAGGGAUCGUUCAAGUAUUUAAAAGUAACCACUGUCGCAGACCAAUACGCUGAAGUCCUCAUCCCUAGAAUCAUGACAGCUUUGAACCCUUGAUAAGGAAGCAAGUCACAGCUCCCCCAUGCCAUUUACAGCACCUCGAACGCUAAGCAAGCUUGACGAGCAUCGUCUUAGGACGCGCCACCGAGAACGCGCGGUAGCUGAUUUUUCCCGCCCCCAAUCUACGCGAGAGCCCAUCCGACGUCAUCAAGAGCAACACGUCGUAGACGUCGAGCACGGCGAUCCCACCGAAGCGUUGCUCGUCCCAGUGCGGAUCGCCGUCCUCGUUCUGGGGGCGCGUCGACGGCUCCGUCGUUUCCUGGAGCAUGCCGGCGAGGGCUUCGUCGGGGUCACGACGCCACUCCUCGCUGAAGACGAAUUCCUGGAUCCCGCGCGGGUCCGCGUCCCAAUACUGGUCCCAUCCCGCCGGCGGCGGCACGACGCGUGGCAGGCUCCCGCGCGAGAUGGCGGCGAGGUGGUACUCACGGCCGUCGUCGUCGGGUGGAACGCACCGUCCGCUGUUGAGGGUGAGGAAGCCGGCGCGGUAUCCUUGGUGGUAGACGAUGCGCUGCCACGGGCGGCGGUAGUUGGACGAGCGUGACUCGUCGUUUAGGCCGAGUUGCAGGAAUCCAUCCUCAACUUUCAUCUUGAAAGAGGCUUUCUCCAUGUCGCAGGAGGUGAUCGGGACGACGUGUGCAUAAAAAAGAAGCACGCCGUUCAUGUCGGGGAGGUCGUUGAUCUUGUGGCCUGGAAGGUCGACUGGGUAGGUAAAUUGGACCCCCGGGUAUGCAUCGUGGGAGUAGAUGUGGCGGUUGAACUCUUCGUUGCGGCUCACAACCCAACCGUCUUUGCCCGAGGUGUCCAUGUGAUGCAGGGUAUAGACAUCAAGCUCCCUCAAGAGCAACCUGGCCUUGGCGACUUUCUGCGCGUAAUCUUCUACCUCUUCCUCCGUUGGGUCUUCCAUGGCUUUGUACCGAUCAAUAAACCACUGCGGGGUCUCCUCGACAAGCCAACGUAUAACAGGCGCAGGGUCCCAGAGCAGAGAGUUCUUCCACCCUCGUCCGCGAUAGAACACCUGGCCCUGCCACGCAGCCCACGACCAACUCGGGAAGACAGGAGCGUCGUUCUGUAGUCGAAGCUGAAGAGGCUCUCUAGCCUGCCAAAGCAAUGCCUGUUCAAAUGCGAACGAGGGCAGUCCGAACCAGAACUUGGUGUUGAUGCCCCGCCGGACGAUAUGCUCCACGCCAGCGAAGGCAUUCACAGCGUCAGACUCCCAACUCAGCUUGCGCUUGGUGUAGUCAUCUACUGCGCGGCGGUACAGGUCCCAGGGUGUCCUCAGUUCGCCGGUAUCACCGAGGGAGUCCAUGAAAUCGCGGGGCGGGUCCACGGCAAUGUCGAAUACAGGAGCUAUCUCUCUUCGCUCCUUCAGACCCAUCUUCAUAAAGGCUUCAAUGUCAAUAUCCUCGGUGAUCAUAAUGACCGCGUCCUCGUCCCGUGAAGACGAGAAUCCCUUGUUGGCGAAUUGACUCAGUGACGGAUGAGACCACAGCGAGGCGAUCAGAUCUGACUGGGACUGGUCCUCGAUGGUCGCAUGUUGGAAUGCCGGGUCGGGAACAGGAACAGUCUCCUCAAGCAUGACGGCACUGUGGACGCACUUGAAGACCAUCUGUGAGUCGGUAAAGUAGACACACCGCGCUGAGAGCGCCCGCUCCUGGAACGUCCACGCUCGUGAGCUCCACGCUGAUCGUUCAAUGUCGGGGACAGGUUGACGUGGAUCGUGAAGGCCUAUAGCCAGCGUGAGGCCUUGGACGUUGGCCACAUCCUGCGCGAUAGAGCGAGGGGCGGCGCCCAUGCCGGGUAGACCCUCGUGAGGGUCGGCGUUGGCAGAAGCGACAAUGGUCAACGUAGCUCCGCCGUAGAUGGGACCCAUUUUCGAAAUGAUCUUGGCCUUGUCUACGGGGUCGUCCUGAAGGAUGCAUAGGGCGUCCACCCACAGGUAGCGCAAGCCAGCUUCCUUGGUGACCUUGAUCGCGUCCUUGAUCGUCUGGGGUAAGUCGACUAUCUGCAGGCCGUUGGGUGCAUCUAGGCUGUCUCGUGUGGCGGUGGUGUACUGUGUCUGGCUGCCCUUUCCCCAGACGUAAGACAGACAGGCGUACCGGCACGGCGUUUCCACCUCGCGGACGCGGAACUCGUCCGUGUCAAUAACCCGUAACGAAGGCAAGUCGAGGUCAGGGCUCUCUUCAGAGGACUGAUGAGUACCCUCGCAGAUCUGAAACCAUUGCCUCAGUCGGUCCAUGUCAGCUUGAUGCUGAUGCACGAAUGUUCCGGCCAGGGGCUGCUGCGGCUUUUCUUCCACGCUUUGCACCACAAACCUCACAACGGUCCUCCCCUCUCCCUGGAGCAAAAUCUCCAGUUUGAGAGCAUACUCGGGCCCCUCGUCUAUGACAUUGAUGUAGAAUUGGCCGUCCCUGAUGCUGUCCUCAUCCAUUUGAGAAAGGCUUCCGUCCUCGAUGAUUUUCCGCCGCAGCAGUCCGCAGAAAGCGCAGGUGUUGCCAUCAUCUUGCAUGAUCUUCCACAAACCGUGAAUUUUGAUCUGAGUAGGCAUCGAAGGCACGUUGUUGCCCGGGAUUCCGCGCUGGGUAAACAAGACGCCGAAGUUGAGGUGCCGGCACAUGUGGCAGAGAUAGUCAGGGUCGUUCUCAGGGAGAAUUUCCGGGUCGGUGAUAAACCACUCGUCAUCCAGCGGUGCGUCGGACCUGAGGGGCUCCCAGCGUUUCACAAAGGAAUGGUGCUUGUACUGCUCAAACCUGGUGCGUUGUUCGACAGUAGCCUUGGCGACGAUGCGGUGGUCUUCAGGUUCAGUGUCGCUCUUGAGGCGGAUGGCGAGCCGCUCAAGGUCUCUGUCAGAGGGCAUAUCAACGUCUUGUUUCUUCUCGUCCCGGCGGGCCUCUCUGUCGGCGAGGAGUUUGGCACCUCGCCGCUGGAAGAGAUCGCCCAAGUCAUCGUGUGUUGCAGGGGCAGUGUCUGGUGGCUGGUUCGAGGUGCUGUCUGGAGAAGAUACGGCGUCUGACAUGGUGACCACCGGUGAUUUACCGCUGUUAUAACUUUGUGCUACAAAAGUGAGUGAGGAAGUGCAAUUCUAAGCAGGCCAUGUUUCUGUAGUGUUGUAAAGUAAGUGACUGGGAGUUUGAGGUAUAUGGAUACUCUUGAGAUACCCAUCCCAAGGCGUGUCAGCG